CUCAGAUUCUACGCCUCUUUUAUUGUCAUUAUCUGACUAUCAUCACCACAUUAUAAUCAUUCUGUUAUAGACUCUGUAAUUAAGUUCUUUAGAUAUAUCUUUUCAUUUUCUUGCCCCUAUCGAGAACAAUUCUUGGUGGGUAUUUCAUAUUUUGGUUGGUAAAGACAGAGACGUUCUUCUUCACUAACUCCGAAACUCUUUUUACGCUCUUUGAAAGAUUGGGUAUGAGAGAAAAAUAGGCGUGCUUAGUGGAUUUCUGAGUAGUUCUUGAGAUUCUUGGUAUUGGGAAACUGUCAAUUUUUGUAAAAUUUGGAAGAAAAGGAGAGUAAAUAUGGUGAAUUUCAAUGAAAUUUGGAAUAAGAAGACGUUGGUGGGUCUUGGGUUGGGACAGUUUCUCUCUCUUCUGAUCACUUCUACUGGCUUUUCAUCAUCUGAGCUCUCCAGGAGAGGAAUUAAUGCUCCAACUUCACAAUCUAUGCUAAAUUAUGUGCUCUUGGCGUUAAUCUAUGGAGGUAUUAUGAUAUAUCGACGACAAGCGCUAAAGGCAAAAUGGUAUUACUAUGUACUUCUUGGGUUAGUAGAUGUAGAGGCCAAUUUUCUUGUGGUGAAAGCAUAUCAGUAUACAUCCAUAACAAGUGUUAUGCUGCUAGAUUGUUGGUCAAUCCCAUCUGUCAUAUUUCUUACCUGGUUUUUCUUGAAGACAAAAUACAGAUUUAGGAAAUUUGCGGGUGUUGCUAUUUGUGUUGCUGGUCUUGUGUUGGUAGUUUUUUCAGACGUACAUGCAGCAGGUCGAUCAAGUAAGUAA